GGAUAAAGUUUAAUCCUCGACCUACUGAUCAAUGUGAGGAUCCGGAAAUGUUUGAGAGCAUGAAUAUGGGAGACACCGCUGUGGGUAACAUCGAGGAUCUAUUUCCAGAGAUCCAUAUACCCACAUAUACAGUAAAACCAUUUAUCCCGUUAUCAAUCGAGACGACACCCUUGGCGAUCGCCCUGCCUUCUACUAGUACAAGGGUAUCACCCCAAUCGAUUCCAAUUCAGCCUUAUGAAACAGGGUUUGCUCGAACAGGAUCCACUAUCACUUCACCUAAUACAAUCGACCUUCUUCAAACACGACCCAUCCAAAUCGAAGCUACCAGGACUCUAGUGACGAUGAUUCAAGAGAAUGGCAGGACCACUACGUAUCCUGAUGACCCUAGGACAAUGCUAGACCCUGGUGGCCUUGAUAACAUUCAAACGGGUAACAUGCCAUACGUUAACAGCUCUGGGCAAACCAAAGCUGGGACAACACUCGAGAUAUCCACCACAGCCAGUACUAUUGUUGGUAUUACGGCUGGACUAGUGUUCGCAGGGCUCAUCGCUUUUGCCGUGUACCGCCACCAAAAGUCAUCCAGAAUUCGAAUCGGAAGUGAAUCUCAAGAACAGCUCGUCGUUGAUGCUUGA